GAAAAGUAAUUGCCGGUUGGGGUCUACUUGACGAAUCCUCUCUUAUGACGCUUUUCUUGUUCUCGCUCAAAUAGUUCAUAUUUUCAAACAUCUUGGCAUGCUGCCAUUCUUCUGGUACUAUUGUCGCAAGUUUCACCAGACAACUUUCUCUCAACAGUAUAGUUUGUUAUCCUCAGGCCUGCCAGACACCAGCCUUAUUGGGUCUGUGAAGCAUAAUUAAAUAUUGAAAUGUAAAUAUCAUCCCGUUACUACAUGGGAUGAAAUAUUGAACAAUACAUGUUGAGAAGAAUGUGUCUAUAAUGAUUACGUGGAACAAAUGUUCUAAAAAAGAAAUAGAGUGUAAUUAAAUAACCUGCAGCCCCUCCUAAACACUCAUUUCUAAUUCAGAACUCUAAUAUGCUGCCAUAAUUUUAAACAUAAACCCUAAACCCCAAUUUUGCACCCCAAUACCCGACAUUUGUCAUGAACAAGACAGGUCACGAUACCAACGCGAAUUGGCCCCCAAGACACAAGUCUACUUUAUGAUCACAACACAACCCUAUUAAGACCCCAAUUAAUUCCUGACACUUGAUCAUGAGCACGACGGGUCAAAGGGGUCAAGCUUCCUCCAAGAAGCAUCACACCGACAACACCAGCAGGAGCUCCAGGUCCCUCCAGCAUGACAGCAUCAGCUACCAGGACAACAGGGGACACUGGGGCAGCAGGAUGGAGUUCCUACUUGCCUGCCUCGGCUACUCGGUGGGAUUGGGGAACUUGUGGCGGUUCCCCUACCUGGCAUAUGAAAAUGGAGGAGCGGCGUUCCUGUUGCCGUACCUGCUGAUGCUGGUGAUCGUAGGUCGUCCCCUCUACCUGACAGAGGUGGCGCUCGGGCAGUACAGUCAGCUGGGGCCCCUACACACCUACAGGAAAAUUGCACCUCUUAUGGCGGGCCUAGGAUACAUGCAGCUCAUCUCUGCGAUCCCUUCGGCCUCCUCGUACAUGAUCAUCCUAAGCUACUCCCUGCACUACCUCUUCACCAGCCUCACUCACAUCGGCCAUACCUUGCCGUGGUCGACGUGUGACCCCGCAUGGGCGACGGAACAGUGCCACGUGAUGGGAGUAGCGAACUCAUCCUGCCUCGACAGUAACAACACUGGGGCGUGCACCUCUUCCGACCAAUCGUCUGCAAUGCAGUACUGGAAACACGAGGUGUUGCGAUUGGACUCUGUUGGCCUCGUGAACUUUGGGGAGAUGGGAGGCCUUAUCCCCUCUCUUGUGUUGUGCCUCUUCGCGGGGUGGGUGAUUACGUGCCUCUGCCUCAUUAAGGGCAUCAAGACUUCGGGCAAAGUCGUCUACUUCACGGCAACCUUCCCUUUCGUCGUGCUGAUUGUCCUCAUGAUCGCUGGAGUCUCGCUAAGCGGAGCAUCGAAAGGGCUGGUGUUCCUGUUCGUGCCCAAGUGGGAGAAGCUGCUGGAUGUGAACGUGUGGAGGAAGGCGCUAGAGCAAGUGAUCUAUUCGCUCUCAGUAGGUGGAGGCGGCUUGGUCACCUUCGGCUCUUACAACGAUUUCAACACCAAAGUACACGUUGACGUCUUGAUUUUAUCGGUGUUGGAUUUGAUGGCUUCGUUGAUGAGCGCCGUGACCAUCUUCUCUGUGCUGGGCGCCAUGGCCUAUGAACUGGGCAUCGAUGACGUCAGCAAAGUCGUGGCAUCCGGUCCGGGCUUGGCGUUCGUCGCGUACCCUGAGGCGAUCGCCCGCACUUUGCCAGUACCCCACCUCUGGUGCUUUCUGUUCUUCUUCAUGGUCUUCACUCUUGGCCUUGACUCCUUGUUCGGGGGCAUGGAGAUGCUGCUGACGGCGCUGUUGGACGAAUUCUCGAAGAUGCGGCGCCACAAGCCGUUGGUGGUGAUAGGCCUAUGCAGCGCCCUCUUCUGCCUCGGCCUCCCCUACUGCACCCCGGUACCAUUGAUAACACUAAUGAUCAUUAUUGAUGAAUGAUGUGAAAGCCAGGAAACGGCCAUUCACAUAUGUAUUGGAUAUUUCGAUUAUUCACUCGGGCGAUUUUAAAUGCAUC